AUGCCAUUAAAAUUUAUUAUACAUGAUCCAAAAAUAUCAGUGCUCCAUACUCCUGAUGAAUUUUUUAAAACAUUAAAAAAGCUGAUUAAAAAUUCAAGGGAAAGAAUAGUGAUUAGUUCUUUAUAUAUAGGAACAGGGGAGCUCGAAAAAGAAUUGAUAGAUGAUAUAAUAAAUAAUAAAAAUAUAAAAAAUUUACAGAUUGAUAUAUUAUUAGAUAAGCAAAGAGGUACAAGACCUGAAGGGAAACAUAAAGAAACAUCAAUAAGUAUAUUAUCAAAAUUAUUUAAAUAUGGCAAUAAUAUAAAUAUAAGUUUAUUUCAUAAUCCAUUACUUGGUGCUAUGCUAUAUAAUAUAUUACCUUAUAGAGCCAAUGAAGCAAUAGGAGUUAUGCAUAUGAAAGUAUAUAUGGGUGAUGAUACCCUUAUAAUAUCUGGAGCAAAUCUUAAUAAUAGCUAUUUAACAAAUCGAAAAGAUAGACAUUUUUUAAUUGAAAAUAAAUUUUUAGCAAAUUCGAUUUAUAAAAUUGUUAAUUGUGUGCAACAAAUGUCAUUUUCUUUAAAUCCCGAUUUAACUAUUGAAUGGAGAAGUGAUCUAAUAAAUCCUUUGAUUGAGUCAUAUUUAUAUAGAGAACAAUUUUAUAGAAGAAUAAUAUUUAUUUUUAGAGAAUUACAAAAAGAUAUUUCAGAGUAUAAUAUUAAUACCUUUGGUACAGACUUUGCCACUCACAAUAAUGAUAACCCAUUAUUACAUAGAGAUAAAGAAAUCGAAAAAAAUAAUGACAAACAAAAUGAAUAUACACAAGCAUGUGAUACAAAUAAUAUGUCAACUUGUUUUAAUAUAAGUGAAAAAAAAUCGAAUACCCAUUUACACAAUGUAAACAAUAAUACUGGUGAAAAUGAUAGCAAAAGUAAUACUCAUAUUACCCAAAAAAUGGAUAACUUUUUUUACCCUUUAUAUGAAAAAAAAAAAAAAAUAGUAACCAUCGAGCUAGGUAUGCAAUGCCCAUUUUCAAUUCCACCAAUUUAUGAUGAUACAGAUAUGAUUGAAGAUAUGUUAAAGAAUAUUGAAAAAUAUAAUCAAAGUAUAAUUGUUGCAUCAGCAUAUUUAAAUUUUACUAAACCUGUUUUAAAUUUGUUUAGACGUAUUUAUGAUAAUUUAUUUCCAAAAAAUGGAAAAAUACAUUUUAUUACAGCUGCACCAUCAGCUAAUAGUUUUUACAAAUCACAAGGUCUAACCUAUUAUAUACCUCUUGCUUAUAGUAUUAUUGCUGAUACAUGCAUUGAAUUUGUUACAUCAAAUUUUCUUAAUUUAUUUAAAAAUAUAAAAAAAACACCUAACAUAGAACAAAAAUUAUAUAACGCAACAAAUAUAUAUUUGGAAUACCAUAAACCUGAAUGGACAUUUCAUUCAAAGGGAAUGUGGAUAAUUGAUAAUUUGGGAAAUAACAAAAAUGAUAAAAUACAUGUAUGUUCAGAAAAAUGUGAACAAAAUAUCCAAAAAUUGGAAAAUAAUUGUUAUAAUUUGGAAAAUUGCCUGAACAUGUCAGAAUUUUGUGACUAUAAAAAAAGUGUGUAUAAACAAAUUUUAAGUGAUGAAAGUAAUAAUAUAAAUCAAUUAUUAGAAACCCCUGAAUCUAUGCCAUGGGGAACAGUCAUAGGAAGUUCAAAUUAUGGAUAUAGAGCUUCAUACAGAGAUUUAGAAAUGGAAUUUAUCAUUAAAACAAACGAUCCAAAUCUAAGAAAAGAAUUUCAAGAAGAACUAAAUCAUAUUUACAAGUCAUCAAAAUAUGUAAAUAUGGUUGAUCUUAAAUUAAGAUAUUCACAUUGGCAAAAAUAUAUACUCACUCUUUUUAAAUGGGGGUUGUAA